AUGGCCGAGAAGUCAGAUUUCCCAGAUCUCGCAACAAUCGCCUCAGCAGGCCACAUGGAGGACGAGAAGAAGGCACACACAGCACACGAUGAUGGUCACAUUGAGGGAAACGCUCUUCUCGUUAACAGGCAGGACGAGAUUCGGAAGAUUCCCGUGCCGUCCCGUGGAAGAAAUAUGGCCGGAAACCCUGCUCAGGAUAUUGAGCGCAAGGCAUACGUUGAGCGUCUCCGACCUUGGUCUACGCCAUCUUCUCAACCAUUGCGUGUUAUUCUGCUGAGCUAG